GCAGCUAGGCAGCCACCACAAGCCGUUUGCCGGUGACCACUGUCAGAGCUCUACAAGAAUCGCAAGGAAGCACGAAAUGAAACUACACUGGUCGAUCGGUUUGCUUCUGCUCCUAGGAGUUGUACUGCAGGUGGAUUGGAUAACAGCUAAGCCUCCGACGAAGAAGUCACUGCCAUCAUUCCUCAAGGUAUGCCAUCGUGAUUCCCCGGACCUAAACACAUGCGCCCGUGAAUCCUAUGAAGCGCUGCGACCGCGACUGAUGGACGGCAUUCCCGAGCUCUAUAUACCAGCCAUGGAGCCACUGGUCGUUCCGCAGGUGAAGAUGGACCAGGACUCCGGUGCCAUCUAUCUGCACUCCGUGUAUCGGAACGUGAAAGUCACGGGCAUUUCGAAGCACACAGUGAACGAGAUGCGCUUGGAGCCCUCAAAGCUGAAGUUCAUCGUGUCGCUGACCUUUCCCAAUCUGCACAUGGAAUCAGACUACAGCAUUAAGGGAAAAAUCAUGAUGAUGCCUCUUCUUGGCGAUGGCCACUGCAAGGUGGAUCUAACAAACAUCACCAUGCGCACUGAACUGAUCGGACAGGAAUACAACAAGAAUGGAGCCAACUAUCUUAAGAUCAACACGGUUAACGUCAAGUACGAGCUAUCAGAUGUACACAUACACCUGGACAACCUGUUCAACGGAGACAAGGCUUUGGGCGACCGGAUGAACGAGUUCCUCAACGAGAACUGGAAGGCCUUGGCCGAGGAAGUGCGUCCACUGAUGUCCAAGGCUCUAGUGGACAUUUUGAGAGCCUCCGUGGACAAGCUUUUCUCAUCUUUCAGCUACGAUGAUCUCCUGCCCAGGGGCAGUAACUAAAUGGAGACUGUGGAGACUGGUGAACAGUGUAUUAUCCAACUUAAAGAUUUAAUCGUAGUACAAAGAAUAGCCUACAAAUAAGCACACAAUUAAAUGCGAAAUAAAUUAUGAAUAUAAUACAUAAA